AUGGCUACCGAAAAAGUCUUUCGUCUGUCUAAGCGGACCUCUCUUCAUGACCUGAAGCUCGACCUCGAGGCUAUCCCUAAGCAUAAGGCACAUGAAGUCCUAAUCCGCAUUCGGCAUGUCGCCCUUAAUUAUCGUGACAUUGCUGUCGCUACCGGCACAUAUCCGUUUCCCGUCAAGGAUAACGUUGUCCCGUGCUCAGACAUGGCAGGCGAAUUUGUUGAGGUUGGCACCGCGGUACAAGAUCUCACGGAAGGCGACAAGGUCAUUUCAUCCAUCGAUUUAAACACCUCCUAUGGGGCAAUGAAAGAUUGGCACCACAGCCUAGGCGGUCCUUACGACGGAGUUUUGCGAGAGUUCAUUACACUCCCCAGCUCAGCUCUUGUUAAGAUUCCGCAAGAGUCGACACUUAACUUUACGGACUUGUCUGCACUCGUUAUCACCAGGACGACGGUUUGGAAUGCCUUCUAUGGCAACACUCAUCUGAAGCCUGGCCAGACGGUCUUAUUUCUUGGGACUGGCGGUGUUUCUAUUACGGGACUCAUUGUGGCCAAAGCAGCAGGAGCGAGAACUAUUAUCACGUCGUCCUCGGAUGCCAAGUUGAAAUACGUCCAGAAGACUUACGGUGCUGAUUUCAUCAUCAACUACAAAGGUACACCUGCUUGGUCUAGGGAAGUACUUGAUAUAACACAUGGCCUAGGAACCGAUUACGUUUUCGAGAAUGGAGGCGCCGGAACUAUUGCGGAGAGCAUCAAGGCCGUUGUAUACGGGGGCUCUAUCGCUGUCAUUGGGUUUCUGGCAACCUGCCCUCAAGACCGAAUGCCUGACGUUGCGGCUCUUGCACUGGCCAAAGGCGCCCUGAUACGCGGCAUCAUGAUCCGGUCUAAGGAGCACCUAGAGAAUGUGACGAGGUUCUUCGUGUCGAAGAAUCUCACUUUUCCAGUGGAAAAAGAAUUUGGAUUUACUCGAGAUGAGGUCAUCGAAGCUUUCGGGUAUGUAGCUACUGGCUAG